AUGGGGCCCUCCGGGAGCCUGCUGGGCGGACACCUGCAGGUCGUGCUGUGGGGAAGUCUGGCAGCUGCCGCCACGUUCUUCCUCAUCACCUUCCUCGUGUUUCUGUGCUCCAGCUGUCACAGAGAAAAGAAGCCGAGACAGUACAGUGGAGACCAUGAGAACCUGAUGAACGUGCCUUCGGACAAGGAGGUGUUCAGCCGCUCGGUGACCAGCCUGGCCACGGACGCGCUCCUCAGCAGUGACCAGAACGGCGCCCUCACCAACGGGGACAUCGCCUCGGAAGGCAGUGCCGGAACCUGCACACAGCACUACGAGGAGGUGCUGGCCGCGGCCCCCGACCCGCCGGACACCCAGGACGGCCCAGGGAGGCCCAGGGGCCAUCAGAGCCGGGAGCUGCCCCGGAUCCCCCCGGACGGCGCCGGGAGUGGGGACGGGGACCCGGGCCCGGGGGCCGAGGGGCCCUACGAGGUGCUUAAGGACAGCUCGUCGCAGGAGAACAUGGUGGAGGACUGCCUGUACGAGACCGUAAAGGAGAUCAAGGAGGCGGCCGCGCCCGCGGGCAAGGGCCCCGGCGGCCGGGCCAGGGCGGGCCCCGCGCCCCAGGAGGCACCGGCGCCCCCGGCCCCGGGCGGCCCGGACUUUGCCGAGUACGCCUCGGUGGACAGGAACAAGAAGUGCCGGCAGAGCGUGGACGCCGACGCCGUGCUGGGCCCCACCCGGGAGGCCGAGGAGGAGGCCCCGCCACCCGUGCCCGCGAAGCUCCUGGACGAGAACGAGAACCUGCAGGCGCAGGACGGGCGGGCUGAGGAGGGGAGCCGAGAGGCCAGCAAGAGGCUCAGUGCCCUGUCCUACAAGUCCCGCGAGGAGGACCCGACGCUCACAGACGAGGAGAUCUCGGCCAUGUACUCCUCCGUCAAUAAACCGGGGCAGUCGCUCAGAGUGCCCGAGUCCAGCGACACCUGCAGCCCGGGAGCUGCCCGGAGGUCCCCGUCCUCCUGCAACGACCUCUACGCGACCGUCAAAGACUUCGAGCAGCCGCCCGGCGGCGGCGCGGGCACCCUGGGCCCGGCAGCCCGGCCCCGGGAGCCCGAGCCCGACUACGAGGCCAUCCAGGCUCCGAGCAGAGAGGACGAGAAGGCCCCCCCGGAGUCCGGCGGCCUGCAUGGCCUCGUCCCGAAGGAGAGCGACUAUGAGAGCAUCGGGGACUUGCAGCAGUGCCGGGGGGACGUCACCAGGCUCUAG